UAUUGGCUACACUACUCAAUACGAAAAUGGUGGUAGGAAAGUCAAAUGCGGAUAUGGCGUUUGGUGUAUUUUAUGGGGAUUUUUGAGUUCGUUGUUUCGUGAGAAUGAUAUCGUUGAAGUAGGCAGAUGUUGUGGUCGGAAGUAUUAGCACAUAAAUUAUAUUAGCUAUAGCCGUUCUGGUUGCUGUAUAUGAGCUUCAGAAUAUAUUGUUCAGGAAUACAGGCUUUCCAAUCAUGACGUCUGCUCUGUAUUUGGAACAUUACUUAGACAGUUUGGAACAUCUGCCGAUUGAGCUUCAGAGGAACUUCACAUUAAUGAGGGAUUUAGAUGCAAGGGCCCAAGCCCUAAUGCGGAAUAUUGACCGCUUAGCAGACGAAUACCUUCGAAAUGUAAAGACAUUAACACCCGAAAAGAAGAAGGAACAAAUGAGUAAUAUACAGAGCCUUUUUAAUAAGGCAAAGGAAUAUGGAGAUGACAAAGUACAGCUAGCUAUUCAAACAUAUGAGUUGGUUGACAAACACAUCAGGCGGCUUGAUUCAGACCUUGCAAGAUUUGAAGCAGAAAUACAAGACAAGGCAUUAAGCAACUCUAGAAACCAAGAAGACUCAGUAUCAACAAAGAAAGGACGUAAAAAGUUGAAGGAAAAGGAGAAAAAGAAACGUGUUGGUGGUGGUUCUUCUGAAGAGGAAGCUGUGAAAGCAGCGCGGAAGAAACAGAAGAAAGGCAGCGUCAACUCUAGCAGUGGAACUGUGUCAGGUUCGGGCGCAAGUUCAGCUUCUGGAGGAUUAGCUGCACUUGCAGGUGUAGACACUGGCUUGGCAUCAGUGUUGCCCGGAUUGGCUGGAAUAGCUCAUCCCUCAGAUGUACUUGACAUGCCAGUGGACCCCAAUGAGCCUACAUAUUGUCUCUGUCACCAGGUGUCAUAUGGGGAAAUGAUUGGCUGUGAUAACCCAGAUUGUCCAAUUGAAUGGUUCCACUUUGCUUGUGUUGGGUUGACCACUAAACCCAAAGGGAAAUGGUUUUGCCCAAAGUGCACUGCCGAUCGGAAGAAGAAAUGAAUUGUGCUUGCAUUAAUAUUUUAUUCUCUUAAGUAUAAUUUUAUGUAGGUUCAUAAGGACAUUUCAUGAUUAAAUGUUUUAUACUUUAAGGAUACUUAAAUAGA